AUGCAACAUUCAAUAAUAAGAUUAAGUCAAGGUACCAGUAGUAAUGGCAAUCCAUGGGCUAAAAGAGAUGCUUGGAGAUAUCAAGGACAAUUCACUAGAUUUAAUCGUUUUAAAAAUGCAUUCCCUGGAUUAGGUAUAGCAACAGUUGCAUUUGCUUUAUAUUGUGGAUAUGAACAAUUAGUAUUAAAGAAAGAUGAUCAUCAUGAUGAACAUGGUCAUCAUUAA